AUGGAUAAGCUAAGAAAUAUUCUUUUUGUUAAAAAUGGAAAAUUUUCAGAUGCACAAAUAAAAUUUCUAGCAUUCACGUCAUUAAGUAUGUUGGUAUUAAUGGUUACUGGUGAUGGUAUAGAAACUCCAAUGGGAUAUAUCAAAAAUUUCAAAAAGGAAUUGAAGAAAAACGAAGAGAAAAAAAAAGAAAAUAUAGAAGAUAAAUUAAUAAGAGAACUGGGAAUUACCACGUAUCAAGAAUGGAAAAAGGCAGGAAUCCUACCAUCAGAUGAUAAAGAAAAUUUAUAA